AUGGGCUGCGUCUGCGCAAUUGUCUUCACUUGCUUCGGUGCUGCCUACGGAACUGCUAAGGCCGGCGUUGGCGUUUGCUCGACGGCUGUCUUGCGACCCGACUUGGUUGUAAAGAUUUCGCUAUUGGCGUCUGAUGCCGGAGUCCGUGGAACAGCUCAGCAGCCAAGAUUAUAUGUCGGCAUGAUUCUGAUACUCAUCUUCGCUGAAGUUCUUGGCCUGUACGGUCUAAUCGUCGCCCUCCUCAUGAACUCGCAUGCGAAACAAGAUGUCGAAGAGUGCACAUGA